AUGAGGGGAUCUCUGGUUUGUCUGCUACUGGCGGGCUUCGCUCAGGCUGUUGAGGUGUACCUACAUCCUGUAGAAGAUCUACCGUCAAGGCUUUCAGCAAGUCAAGCUGGUACUGCGCUCUCUCGGCAUCUUGGCUUGGAGUACUUCGAAUCUGUGGAUGCGAAUGAGUUAGACCGGCAGGAGUCAUUUGUAGGGAAGGGUGUGUGGAGUGCCUUGUUGAUCACUGUGGGCGAAGAGGUUGCAAAAGAUGUUGUCCCAUCAACAAUGAAACCCUCAUUUUCCCUGUAUACUACGCCAUCACUAUCUUCCCUCUCUUCCCUCAUACCCACCUACCUUGAACGCGCACAGCAGGCCUAUUCACAUAUUUUAUCGCAACCCUCACACCCGGGCGUGCCGCGCAUUCUCGACAUCUUCUCCGUCCCCUCCUCCGCGACGGAAGCCUUCCUUUCAGAGACGGCCGCGCUCGUGGACUUCCUCGAAUCUGAAACCACAACCGACUCGUUCGCCGCACUCGAGCUGACUGGCCUCUCCCAGAUAGUCGAGACGUUCGGUCGCGCGAGUGAGCAAUACGCCCUCGCAGCGGAGACCAUGCGGGGCGUCCUUUCCAACGCAAUGCCGAAGUCGGGGCUAAAGCUUGCCAUCGUGACCGUCCCUACUGCAUUAUUGAAGCGCCAGGACGAGAACGACGGCGCGCAGCCACCUCAGAGCCCGCUCCCCGUGCCCUCGCCCGGGCCCGCGGAGCCGAUCAGUGGCGUGUCAACGUGCUACACGUCUGCGGAGUCGUGUGUGGACGGGACGGGCGCUUGCAGUGGGCAUGGCGAAUGUGUGCGCGCGAGCAAGGCUGGGAAGACGUGCUACGUCUGCGCAUGUGCGGCCACGAAGGACGACGGGGGGCGGACGGAGAACUGGGCGGGCAGCGCUUGCGAACGCCUGGAUGUGAGCGGGCCUUUUGUGCUAUUGACGGGCACGGUUGUUACGCUGGCGCUUCUGGUUGGAGGAUCUAUCGCGCUGCUUUCGGGGAUUGGAGGAGAGGAGCUGCCGAGUGUAUUAACAGGUGGUAUUGUACCUACUACGAGAGACUGA